AUGCCUUUGCGUGCCCCUCUGCGCGUGCAGCGGAUUUUCGCCCAGCCCUCCCCCCCCCCCCCCCCCCCCCCCCCCCCCCCCCCCCCCGCCCUCCCCGGUGCCUUCUUGUCAGUUUUUCGCGAUAACUGGGACAAAAUGCAGCCGACUUACGGCUACGCGUACGACCCCCGCACGCCGGCGGGCAUGUAUGGGGGAGCGCCUGCCGGCGUGGUAGGCUACAGAGGCAACCUCGGCGAGCAGGCCGCCACUGGUUUCCAAGCGCCGCAGCCAGGAGUGUUCCCUGCGGAGCACUCCGCGCAUCCGCACAUGGGCGGCGCUAACCAGACCUACGCCAGAGCGGCGGGCGGCCCUCAGGCCGCCUUCGGAUCCGCAGGAAUGGAGCCCCCUUCUGCGCCGACGCCUUCUCCGUCGUAUCAAGUUCCCUCGGGCUUAAGUUUUUCCUUGAAGGAUUUUUGCCGCGUCGUCCGUGACCGCGAAAAGCUCGCGCUCUGGCUGUCGACUCACCGCGGAUCUCUCCAGGCGUGGACCGGGUUCUUGGUCGUCGUGGUGAUUGUGUAUCACCUCUUCAGCGACGGCGACUUUAGUUUUUUGAUGACGCUGAGUUCGCUCAUCUCUAUGUUUUCCUUCCUCAUGGUGGUUUUUAAAAUCGAGACAAACAAGAGCGUCGCCGGCGUGUCUCUGAAAAUGAUUGAGUGCUACGUCAUCCUCAUCUUCGCCCGUCUCUGCUCCAUCAUUCCCUUCGAAGGUUACCUUCCGUACGACCGCAGUGGAGACUGGCUGUACCAGACGGUGGAGGCGCUGUCCUUCCUUCUCGCCGGCACAACGGUCUAUCUUUGUCGCAGCCGCUACGCAAGCACCUACGACGCGAACGCAGACACAAUGAACCAUCUGUUUCUCAUCGGACCCGCCGCGCUCCUUGCGCUCCUUUUCCAUCCUUCACUGAACGCCUUCAUGCCUGCCGAUUUUGCGUGGACUUUCGCGCUCUACCUCGAGGCCGUGGCUGUUCUGCCGCAGCUCUUCAUGUUUCAGAAGCAGGGCAAGGUGGAGCCCUUCACGACUCACUUCCUCGCUGCACAGGCGCUCUCGCAGGUUUUCUCCUUCAUCUUUUGGGUCUCGUCUUACUCGGAGCUCAACGGGCCACAGAACUCGAUCAAGUCCUACGUCGGGCACUGGGUUAUCGGCAUGCAGGUGAUGCAGUUGGUGGUCAUGGGAGACUUCAUCUACCAUUAUAUUCGCUGCUUGACCAGAGGCGUGCCGGUUCAGUAUCUGCUGAGCGAGAACGUCUAA